ACGAGAGCAGGUCGCAGGGACUCCGCGGGACCUCCCAGCAGCAGCACGCCAGACUGUGGACGGCGAUUUGGGGCAGCAGGACACGCCAGACUCUGCUCAUCUGUCCAGAGAAUAUUCUUCCCCCUCUCUCACUUCCGUCCAGCUGUAGCAAGCGCCAAAGUCGUACAUACCUUCUGCUCAUCUGUCCGGUCGCUCUCCUCUCUGCGCGGCUGAGGUGGUGGAGGGGCAGGCGGCGGCGCGGGAUCCGCCGCCCGGCAGGACGUGCGACGCCGCGGCGCCGGAUCUGCUCGAUCGCCGGUUGUGGAGAUGGUGUGUGUUGUUUCAUCUGCUUAAUGAAAUAGACUUUACAAAAAGAGGAGCUGCAUCACAAACUCACAAGGAAGGGGGCACCAUGGGCAAGCGAGUGAAGUCAACUCACAAGUCAACAUCACAAACUCACAACGAAGGGGGGCGUCAGGGCCUCAGGGGCAAGCGAGUGACGUCGCUGACGGACCUCGAGUCCUACUCCACGAGCGCGAGCUCAACUGAUGACACAUCUCCAGAGAGAACUAAACGUAGAAGACGACGGACUCGGUCUUCAAGAAAUGCUAGGAAAAAUGAGGAUAUAUUAACAUGCUCUCAAUACAAUGACAUCCUACAGAUGCUAAAAUUACUCAAUGUGAAGUUUGACGAACAAUCAAAGCAGAAUACUGAAAGUAAGGAUGACAUUAGUGAAAUGCGCAAACAGUUGGAGAAGGUUCUUGAAAAUCAAAAUGUUCAGAGCAAAGAAUUGGAGAAGCUCCGCAAACAAUCAGAGCUUCAUACUAACGGCACAAGUCAUGCUUCUGAUGCUCCAAGUUUUUCCUUCUUUCACAGAUCACAAUCAAAUCAACUGCAGCCACCUAGAUACCGACUGGUAUUCAGAUCUGGGAAUAUUGACACAAUUGAAAAAGGGCAAACCAUAGAUAUAAGUGUAGCUCUAGUUGAGGGUAAUAAUGAUCAAACUGUAGAAAAUGGACCCCUUGCUUCUGCUACAGUUGAGUUGGUUGUCGUUAACGCAGAGUUCAAUGAACAUGAUAAUCAACACAAUUGGUCCAGAGAGGAUUUUGAGUCCUACGUGAAAAAACCACGUCGUGGGAAUGUGGAUCAGUCAGCAAAAUCAAUAGUUAGUAACGGCCGAUUUAACCUUGUUGACGGGGCUAAAUGUCACCGUGGUUCCACAAUAUUCGAAAACUCCAGUAACAAGAAGGUUAGGCUUGGGGUGAUCGUAGUGUCGCCAACUGAAGAACGAGUUCUAGAAGGACUAUCAAAUUCUUUCUUUGUGCGGGGCCAUGACCGGCCUGGAAGACAAAAUAACUUGUGCCAUAACAGCUCAAACAGACAAAGGCAACCUCUUGUUGACAAUGAUCAUCAAGAACAAAAUAGCCCAAUGCCUAACCUGCCACAGCUGUCACGGAUAAAUUCAACUCAAACUGCAAGAAACAGAUUGGAUGUAAUUGGGGGACAAUCACAGCUUCCAUUUCCAGGAACUAAUAGGCUUUCUACAGAACCAUCUACCAGUGCUUUGAUACCACCAUACCUUAAUCCUGAUUUGCUGAGUGUGGCCCAAGCUGUUUGCAGACAAAACGGGCAAGCUCUGGUUGACAAUGAUUAUCAAGAACAAAAUAGCCCAAUGCCUAACCGGCCACACUCGUCACGGAUAAAUUCAACUCAAACUGCGGGAAACAGAUUGGAUAUAAUUGGGGAACAAUCACAGCUUCCAUAUCCAGGAACUAAUAUGCUUUCUACAAAACCAUCUACCAGUGCUUUGAUACCACCAUACCUUGAUCCUGAUUUGCUGAUGGUGGCCCAAGCUAUUUGCAGACAAAACGAUACGCGAUUCAAUACAAACCCAACAACACUUGCAGUGCAACUUGUACGGGAUAGCGUCAAUGGAACCGAGCAAGCAUCAUUGGAACCUUCUUGAUCAGCUCAUGCCACUGCUAAAAUUUAAUAAUUGUGGUUUACCUACUACGCGCCUCAUGCAAGAGCACUUAGACCCACUGACCAUCAUAUCAAAGGAAGUCAUGCAGACUCGUCGGAACAGAGGUGUUAUCAUUGAGCUACUUGAGCCUGAUGAUUCAGAUGAAGAACGACAACUGAAGAGGAAGAUGUGCAGUAAAUACAAAUUGUGACUUGUGAAUAAGGUGUGAGAGGCCUAUCACACAAGGGAUCCAAUAAAAGCAGAUGAUGGGAGCCUUCUCAAAGUUGCUUUGUUCGAUGAGAACAGAAAGAUCACAUAUGGUCCCCUGUCUUCAACUUCUGUUCAGAUCGUAGUUCUCCAUGGUGACUUCAAUGACCACGGUCAGGAUUACUGGACUUCAGAGGAGUUCAGUCGCUACGAAGUGU